AUGUGUGAUCCUGCUCAUAGUCGUCCCUCUGGACGUAUUUCUGCUAUUACAUCUACUGAAGGUUCAUCUACAUCCCUAAAAAGACGAACUAAUUUAGAAUCGCUCAGUGAAUCUGCUGCUGCAUUGACAACAGCACUAAUAACAACAAGUUCAGCUUCGGAGGUAAUAACGCCGACUAAUACAUUGACAUCAGCGUUUCAUCCCUUACCCGCAUUAGCAGCAAGUAAUAGUUUGGAGUCUUCUGAGACAGCAGGAGCUACGAGUGGAAGAAUGGUACUUGGAAUAGGAGCAAAUACCAGUGGAAUUGUGGGACGGCAAAGAAAGGCACGACAAAAUGAAUCUAGUAGUGUUGAGUGUGGAAUCAAUGGCAACCUGCAGCUAAAGGAUCAUACAAGUAAGCAAUAA